AUGGAACCGCACAUGGUCCCGGACAUGGAACCGUACAUCGUCCCGGACAUCGUGCCGAAGCCGGCCCUGGGCUUGGAACCGGCGCUGGAUGCGUCCGACAAGACGAAGAAGAAGAAGGGAGGCAUCAUUGACAUGCUGAUCUCCAUGAAGAAGUUUAAGAGGCUCGUGACACCGUCACGAUGUCAUAGCCGCACGGUCCUCUUGAAGGUGCCGCGCGGCUUUGAUUUUAAGCGGGGGAGGAGUACUUCCUUCCUCCAAGGGCUUGGCACCCGGUCAUCAUGGAUGACGUUCGACUGGGUGUCGACCAGCGCAGCUGUGGCCAUGCGCACAGAAGACGUGGCUUGGGUACACGACGUACCUGCGGCGAUGCAUGUUGCGUCGCCGCCGACUCGGCGAGCAUGGUCGAUCACGACUGGAACGUGUCUGCCGGAGGGCUACACCUCAAUGACCACAUGCAGGAGCAUGCUCGGUCUGAAGGCAAAGGCCGCUGCGCGGCAGGGAUCGUUGCCACUCACGAAGUAUUGCACGAAGGUGCUGGACCUGAUGCAUCGCUGCUCAGGUCCCAUGGUCAUGGUGACCGAUGGCCAGCAACCUUGGCAGCGGCUACUGUCGCUGCUGGGCCGAAGAUGGCGCGCGCAUUCGCUGCUGGAAGGCUGCCUCUGUCAGGCAAAGACAUGGCAGGCAGUCUGCGGCUUGGUCCGCGGACGAUGGCAUGUGUACAUACGCAACACCAUGCCGCAGCGUGAUGCUGUUGCAACACUGGACGCGUCGCGGUGCGUGACGCUCACUGUGCGCGUGGCACUUGGUGUACGCGAGGUACCCCUAGUGCACGCGACACUACUUGUGCACGUGGCACUUGAGGUGCGCGAGGCACUUAUGGCAGUCGUGGUCCUGUAUGGACUGUGUGCCAUGCGGUCUUGCACGCACACCGACCUGGUGUUGGUCGCCGCGACGCAGGAUGCGAUCGCCGGUGACGGAGGGCAAUACACCCCACACCACGAUGAAGUACCCUUGCGGUACCCUGGUGUCAAAGGAAGACACCUUAGCGUCGGCGACGUGAUGGCCGUGACGCGCUGCAGGGCUUUAGACAAGUCCGCCGGGUUGCUCUGUAUGAUGAGCGGCUUGCUGGAAGCAGCCAUGGUCGCUCAAGCAAACACGACGUUGAAGCCUGACGCUUCAUGGCUGUGGUCAGCGCUUGACCAUAGCCCAUGGGUCGAGCCGACGUAUUCGGCCGACCGGCACACCGUGCUGUGA